GAAGAAGAAGACAACCGGAAGUAUGUAGCUGUCAGUUUUGUAACAACAGUCGAGCGCUGCGCUUUGAAUGCAGCAAACCUGGACUCCCUGUACCCAUCCUGAUGUGUUGACUGUUGUUAGAGACAGCAGCAUGGAUCCCCCAGAGACAGAGGGACAGGAUGCUGCUGGUCCAGGCCCACAUGAGAGCCCCAAACUCGAGCUGUCUGCAGCGAUGCGGGCUAAGAUCGAGAGGAACCGGCAGCGGGCGUUGAUGCUCCGGCAAGCCCGCCUGGCGAGCCGCCCUUUGUCCGCCGUGGAGGGGGCGACCUCCGCCAAAGUGUCUAAAACCAUCGACUCCGGAGCCGGCUUCUUCAUCGACGAGGAGGGGGGCGGAGAGGAAGAGCAGAGGACGAGGAAGAUUGUGCAUCAGCCAGCUCCUGUGAUCAAACCUGACUACUUGGUUUGUGAUGAAUGUGAAAAACCCUUCAUGGACUCGUACCUCAGCAACAGCUUCGACCUGAGUGUCUGCGAUAAGUGCAGAGACAACGAGGAGAAACAUAAGCUGAUCUCCAGAACAGAGGCCAAGCAGCAGUACCUGCUGAAGGACUGUGACCUGGACAAGAGAGAGCCGGCACUCAGGUUCAUCCUAAAGAAGAACCCUCACAACCCACGCUGGGGGGACAUGAAGCUCUACCUCAAAGUACAGGUGGAGAAGAGAUGUAUGGAGGUGUGGGGUUCAGAGGAGGCUCUGGAGGAAGCCAAAGAGACGAGGGAGGACAAUAAAGAGGUGCAGAAACAAAAACGCUUCAACAAGAAGGUGAAAGAGCUGCGCAGGGCGGUGAGGAGCAGCAUGUGGACCAAAGACACCAGCGUUCACCAGCACCAGUACGGACCAGAAGAGGUGGUGGACCCCGAGGAGGAUCUCUACAAGAAAACCUGCACCACCUGCGGACAUGAACUCACCUACGAGAAGAUGUAGACUCACUCUGAAUCUGUUAAAGGUUCAGUCUGCGAGGAGCAGACGUCGCUGGAACCACACCUUCCUAUCUGCAGUUUUUCUACUGUUAUUUAUUUUGAAUAAACACUCUACCUGUUCACACACGGGGCCAAAACACUCCUCUGGGAUCAAACAGCUGUUAUAGACCUCAACCUAAGUCUAAUUAUUUUUAGCAUUAACUCCUCAGACUGCCUUUCUGGUCAACUGAAUAUAACAACACUUCCUGUUUUCACAUAUCAGCCCUCUCAAUGGGCAAUCAAAAGGAACAGUAUUGAAACGUCAAAGUGAAACUUGUGUAAUGAUCAAUAAACUCUGCUGCUCUCAGAAAGUAGGGUCAUUUAGAAAAUUAGGAUUUCAUGUUUUUGGAUGCAAGACUGAAUCAAGAUGUUUACCUGCCAGAUGUUGAGUCACCUGUUAAUUAUUAAAUUCAGGUGUUUCAUUCCGGCCCCUUAUCUCCAGUGAAGAGUGAUCUUAACACUUCAACACAUUUUGGACGGUGCCAUGCUUCCAACUUUGUGGCAACAUUUCAGGGAAAAGCCCUUUUUUAUUCCAACAUGACCGAGCCCCAGUGCUCAAAGUACGGACUAUAAAGACAUGACAGAGACCUGACCUCAACCCCAUCGAGCGCCUUUAGGAUGAACUGCGAGCCAGGACUUCUUGUCCAACAUCAGUGCCUGAUAUCAUAAAUGCUCUGCAGAAUGAGUGGACUAGGAUUCACACUCCAACAUCUGUGGAAAGCCUUCAAGAAGAGUGGAUGCUGUUAGAGCUGCAAAAAGGGGGACCAACUCUGCAUCAGUGUGUUUGAUUAUGUCAUUACAGUCCCUGUUGGUGUCAUGGUCAGAUGUUUGUCCAUAAAGUGUCUGAAUAUGAACUCAAACAUUUAAAGUGUUCAUUAAACAUUUCUGGAUUCUCUGAUUUGAAGAGAAAUUUAGGGAACAAGAAAA